AUGGAAUACCUCGAAGCCACCCUCCUCUACACCAGGAGAUCCAUGAGCCUAGUCCGUCAUUAUGAUUUGGUAGCGAGUGUUGGCACAGGCCUAAACUACCAAAACACACUGGAUGUAGUAAAGGCUCAUGCCCAGGUGACAGCUGAGUGUUAUCUAAUCUUAAUAGGUGAGCAUGACCUCGGUGAGAUCAAAACCGCUCUCUUUGAAGAGAUUCACGCCUGGACAGAAUUCCGCAAUCACGCUAUCACCUAUCUCAACAGAUACAGAAUUGUAGCGCAGUCGUAUGCCUACUGCAAAGACGUACUCGACGAGGGCUCGUGGAAAGGGGCGAGUACGUGGUAUGCCGAUUAUGAGCGUUGUGAGAAGGUCUUGACGGAUUCAGAGGCCUAUCUAUUGAAACCAAAGUCGACCGUUAAGUCGCUCCUGAAGAAAGAUAGUUUUGGGAGGAAGAGGAAUGAUUGCUGCGAAAGUGACACUGAGGCAGAGUAG